UGCUGUGACGUCAUGAUCCCAGUCUUUCUGCGCUUUACACGUGUAUUCAAGAUGGCGGCGGCGUGUGGAGCGAAGAAUGGCGUCUAUCUUCUUCUUUUCACGACCAUUGUUUCGAGAUUAGGCUCUGCGUUGACUUUGCGCGGAGUAGCUAUUACAAAACUUCCAUUCUACGAUAGCUCUAAAGACUUUACAUGCUUAGAUGGCUCUUUAACAAUUCCAUUUAGUAGUGUCAAUGAUGAUUACUGUGACUGUAAUGAUGGUAGUGAUGAGCCAGGUACUGCCGCCUGCCCAAAUGGACAAUUUCAUUGUACAAAUGCAGGUUAUCGACCAAAAAACUAUCCUUCGUCUAGAGUAAAUGAUGGCAUUUGUGAUUGUUGUGAUGGAAGUGAUGAGUAUGAUGGCAAAGUGAAUUGUCCUGAUACUUGCAAAGAACUUUACAAACAAGAGUUUGAAAAAAGAAGACAUGAGAUUGAACUUGCCAAACAGGGAUAUGCUAAGAAGCAAGAAUUUAGUCAAGAUGGGAUAAAUAAGAAGACAGAAAGAAAGAAAAAGUUAGAGGAUCUGAGGCUCCAGCUUGAGCAGAAAAAGCAGGUUGUUGCUGAACUUCAAGCUACUAAGGACAAGGUAGAAGCUGUGGAAAAAGAAGCCAAGGACAAACAUGACAAGGAGUGGGAAGAAACCAAGGCCAAGAUUCUGGCAGAAAGAGCUCACAAUGCAGCUGUGGCAGCCUUCAAGUUACUGGAUACUGAUAAUAGUGGAAGCUUGACGAGUAUGGAGCUUAUGGUCAAUCCAUAUAUGGACAAGGAGUAUACUGCUGAGGAGGCCAGGGAACUUCUUGGUGGCACAGAUGAGACAGACGUUGACAGAUUUGCCAAAGAUUUGUGGACCACAUUCAAGGACAAGUAUGGUGUGAAGCAGGAAGAGAAACCUAUUGAUGCAUCACCUCCAGAAGAGAAACCACCUACAGACGAACACCCAACUGAAACUCCUGUCGACCCUCAUCCAACCCCACCAUCCAUUGAUGAUACCAUUGAUGAUGAUGCUGACUUGCCAGAAGUGGGAGACGAUGACGAUGACGAGGGUGACGAUCUAAAGGAUGAAGCUGCAGCUAGAGCCACUGAUUCAAAACAAGAAGAGGAACCCGUAAAGCCAGAGUAUGAUGAAGAAACCAAAGCAAAGAUCACCGAUGCUGAUAAUGCAAGAAAAGAGUUUGAUGCCGCUGACAUUGCCAAGAGAGACAUUGAGCGCGAAAUUGGAGACAUUGAGAAAAAGCUGAAUAUAGACUUUGGUGAACAUGAAGAGUUUGCCGCUCUGUAUGGAAACUGCUUUGAGUUUAGAGACAGAGAAUAUCUUUAUAAACUGUGCCCAUUUGACAGAGCCACACAGGAGCCGAAGGAUGGCGGUGCAUCUACUUCUAUCGGAAACUGGGGCGAGUGGAAUGGAUCACCCUAUAAAUAUAGCCGCAUGAAGUAUUCAGAUGGUCAAAACUGUUGGAACGGCCCGAACCGCUCGACACAGGUGAUCCUCUCAUGUGGACCGGAUAACGAGGUCACUUCGGUGUCUGAGCCCAGUCGGUGCGAGUACCAGAUGGAAUUCAAGACGCCCGCCGCCUGCCAACACCAUGAAGACAUACUUCACCAAGAGUUAUAACAUGCACACACUUCAUGAAUUACACAAUAGCCAGCUCUAUAUUCCACUCAAGAGUUAUAACACGCACACACUUUAUGAAGUACACAAUAACCAGCUCUAUAUUUCACUCAAGAGUUAUAACACGCACACACUUUAUGAAGUACACAAUAACCAGCACUAUAUUCCACUCAAGAGUUAUAACACGCACACACUUCAGAAUUAAACACAAUAAUUAGCUCUAGGUAAAAUCACAUUUUUUUGUACUUCAUUUUAGAAAUGAAUAGAGAAUUUUAUAAGUACGAUGGUUACCAUGAA